CACACAAUUCAAAUCCGACCAAAUCAAUCAGGUCCAACAACACCAACCCACCAACCCCUUUUUUUUGUUUCAUUUUUUAAUUCUCUCUCUCUCUCUUUCUCUCUCUCACACACAGCUUCUAUAAUUCUUCACCAUCUCCAGUUUCCAACACCGAUCUCGACGACCCUUUUGCAUUUUCCACUCAUUUCUCUAACGUUUCACACGUGAUUUGCAAUUUCAAAAUUUUGGUCAUCCUCAAAAUUUUAUCUUGGGGUGCAUGUCACCCUGCUGACCCAUCACAUUUUUUGAAGAUUUCAUUCUGUUGUUUAGAUAUUGAAAAGUUUGAUAUUUUUUUUUAUUCGGGUGGGGGGAUUUGUGGUAUUUCAAUGGGCUGUUUGGAUGAUGGGCGUUUCACUGUUGAGCUUGAAAAUGGGAUGAAAAUUGAUUGUAGUGAAGUUGGGUUGGAGGAACAAGGGAAAGAUGGUUCUGCCAUUGAAGAUGCUGUCAAGGUUUUGUUGCUGGGUCUUGGAGAAGACAUAAAUAGAGAAGGUAUUAGAAGGACACCACUUCGUGUUGCCAAGGCCCUUCGUGAAGGAACAAGAGGUUACAGGCAAAAGGUGAAGGACAUUGUUCAAGGUGCUUUAUUCCCCGAAGCUGGACUAGAUAAUAGAGUUGGUCAUGCUGGUGGAGCAGGCGGACUUGUUAUUGUCCGAGAUAUUGACUUGUUUUCCUAUUGUGAGUCAUGCAUGCUUCCAUUCCAGGUCAAAUGUCAUGUCGGUUAUGUUCCUUCCGGUGAAAGAGUUGUUGGUUUAAGCAAGCUCUCUCGUGUUGCUGAUGUAUUUGCAAAACGACUCCAAGAGCCUCAGCGUCUCGCAAAUGAAGUUUGUUUUGCUUUGCAUCAUGCAAUAAAGCCAGCAGGUGUUGCCGUUGUACUUCAAUGUACACACAUCCACUUUCCAGACAUAGAAUCGGUCUUUCUUGACUCAAACCACCAAGGAUUGGUUAAGAUACUCGUUUCUGCCGGUUCUGGGGAUUUUGAAAACAAAAAUGCUGAUGUAUGGACUGAUUUCUUUAGUCUAGUUAAAUUUAGAGGUAUCAGUAUGGAAAAAAUUCAUCGUAGAGAAUCGUCUGACUUGUGCUGGUGUCCUUCUCAAUGCGCCAAAGCUUCCUCCAAAGUCGUACCGAUCAACCCUGCAAUGGUUACUGCGGUAGCUUCAAUUAUUAAGUCUUUGGGAGAAGAUCCACUGAGGAAGGAGAUUAGAGGGACUCCAAAUAGAUUUGUGAGGUGGUUGAUGAACUUUCAGAACAGCAACUUUGACAUGAAGUUGAAUGGUUUUCUCAAUGCUGGAAUAGAUUCUUUGAACGAGAAUAACGAGGUUGACUUGAACGAUAAGAAAACAUUUACUGAGCUGAAUUUAACAUUUUGGUCGCAAUGCGAGCACCAUUUACUUCCAUUUCACGGUGUUGUUCACAUAGGUUACCUCAUAUCAGAUGGAUAUAAGCCUAUUGGAAAAUCUCUUUUACAAUCCAUAGUACAUUUUUACGGUUUCAAGCUUCAAGUUCAGGAGAGGCUUACCAGACAGAUAGCGGAAAUGAUUUCACCGCUGAUAGGUGGAGAUGUGAUAGUAGUCGUAGAGGCAAGUCACACAUGUAUGAUUUCUAGGGGUAUUGAGAAGUUUGGAAGUAGUACUGCCACUAUCGCUGUGUUAGGACGAUUUUCAACUGACCUUACUAUAAGGGCUUCCUUCUUGCAGGGUAUUCCAAGUCCUACAUUUACUUGAGAUCAGUGAAUUUUUAAUAAUUUAGCACUAGCUAUAAAUUGUUCUUUUGCAUUUGAAGGUUUGAAGUUGCUCAAAUUUUGUUUCAGUUACACAUAAUUAUAGCCAGAAAUUUUACAUGCUUGUUAUACCUUAUAGUCCAGAAUCAAGAUUUACAUACUGGCCAACUUUGGUUGUAAAAUGUUGUUUAAGUGUACCCUGAGUUUUUCUUGAUGUUGAUGUUUGAAUGAUUGUUAUCAAUUUUGAUUACUUUAUAUAUGAAGGUUCACAACUUUCUUA